AUGGCAAAAAAAAACUAUAACAAAAAAAAUAUUCCGAAAAGUCAGUCAACGACAACAGCUGGAAAUAAUUUUGAUGACAAUGAUAAUAGCAUGCUUAAUCCAAUCGUAAAUGCUGCAGAUGAAAAUGAAAAGGAAUUCUUCGAUAAGACGGAUAAAGUUAUGAAAAAACGAAAGGAACAUUUAAAUGAUUUUUAUCACAAUGUAAAAAGAACAAAAGUUGUUUCGAACAUUGAAGAUGAUGAUGAAGAUGAUACAUUAGAUGAAUCAACAGAAAAUCCAAAUCAUGAAUUACCAAACAAUGGCUUAUCAAACAGUACAAAAUCACGUGAAAUCAAUUAUUCUUGUUCGAAUGAUUCAGCUGAUUGUUCAUCAUCAAAUGUUUCAUUAACAACGUCUUCAUAUGGUCCACACUUCUCAUCAACACCAAAUAAUACUGAAAAACGUCUUGAAUUGAAUAAGUCGAUUUUAUUGCAUAACAAAAAUCAAUCUGAUCAAUCUUUAACUAACAAAAGGUCUAGUGAAAUGAUUGUACAAUUACAUUGGAAACGUCAACAACAACCAAUAAACAUAUGGAUUAUAACUCGAAUCAGUGUAGCAACAAUUUUAAUAUCGAUCGAUCGCUCAUAUGUUCUUCGACUAUAA